AUCUCCCAUCAUCCCAUUCCACCAUUGACUGACACCACUGUUACGUUGUCGCAGUUUUGAGGUUGGGUAGAACGUGUAUCCUGAAGGUUUUGUGAAAAGUUUCAGCGAGUUAACGGAACGAUAAUUACAGAUUUUACUUUUUGAUAAUGUCAGUGUCCAAACGGGAUAAGAAAGUGUCUCUGACGUGUACUAUAAAGAAGGGAAUUGGAUUGAACCAAAAAGUACUUGAAAAUGUUAAAGAAUUGCUAAGAGAAUAUGGUAGUUUGUAUGUAUUUACUGCUAGACGUGCGAGUAAUGAGGAGUGUAAGUGUGCUCAAAACACUAACAGGUUCUCCAUGGGAAAACCGAAGGCGAUGGACGGUUCUCUGAGUCACACCAAGGCAGAAGAACAGCACAAGGAUCUCCACAAAGUAUCUACGUUCGAGGAAGAACUGUUCAGACGCCAGCUAACCCGCAACCCCUUAGAUGAAUUGAUUACUCAAAUGUCCAGUAGUAGCUCAAACAAAAGUCAUGCCAGAUCAGAGUCUGUACCUAUAGAAAAGAUGACGUUGGAAGCAGGAACUCUACAAGAGUAUGCUACUAAGAUGGAACCAUUCUUCUGCAGCCUUGGUCUCUGCAUGCAGAUGGUGAAAGGGGAAGUCAUUCGGUGUAAGGACCACACUGUGUGUAAGCAGGGUGUCCAACUUAUCCCAGAACAGGCUGGUAUACCGAAAACCAAAUCGUUUAAAGAUCACAUGGCUAAAUCCCGACUAGUACCACAAGGUGCUUACCCAAGAUAUGGACAUUUAAAAAAACUGAAAAAACCAAAAGAAGAAUGCUUAGUACCAACUAUUUGUGCUACUACUACUACUAAUACCGCCACCACAACCACUACCAAAUCAAAUCCACACAAACCCAACAAACAAAUUAAAGAAGAAAUGGUAAUCUCAACAUCAAAUGAACAAGAAGUCCAAGAAAUAAAGACAGAAAAGAUUGAUGAGAUUUAAAAAAAACUAAUUAAAAGAACUCAAAGAAAAAAAUUAAUGGGACCACAUUCAUUAUCUGCAAAAGGAACGCCUUCCAGGAAGGGUUAAAGAAUUUGAAGACUACAGAGUAGAAAGCUAAGAUCCUAGUAUGUAUGUAAUUGUUUUAUUAUAUAGCACUGUCGAAUAUUUGUAAAUGACAUGAAUACAUGUUUGUGUUCUAAUCAACAUUGUUGAUCUACUAAUUUGGCAAUGCCUUGCCUAACCUUCAAUCUUUCAGAGAUGUAAAGUGACAUCUCAUCCCUCUAACUGAAUACCGAGUUAAAGUGCCAUACUUUGUAAUAAAUCUCAGUAUGUCACCAUCAUCUUCAUUUUCAAACAUUGGAGUCAGAUACAGAUUUACCCUUUGACUGGUGAGAUUUUUUCUCUGUAAGAGUGCCCUAGAAAGUGAGUUUUUUUGUGAUUUGGGUGUACUGCAAGAGAAGUGUUAUAAAAAACAAUCAAGUAAAACUUUUGAAGAUUUUGUUUGUAUUUUUACAGAAAUUAUUCUAAUUAUGCACUAAAGUUAUUUUAUUUACAAAGUACGAAUAUAAGAUAAAUACUGUCAGUAUUUUCUAAUAAGCAUACUGUUUAAGCCUAGUCCACACUGAGAUACAAUGUUCGCAGACUGUAUGCAAACAGUCUGCAUACUGUAUGUAGACUGUUUGCAGACUGUAUGGAUACUGUCUGCAUACAGUAUCCAGACAGUUCACAGACUAUGGAGAUUGUAUGUAGACUGUUUGUAAACAGUAUGCGAACAUUGUUCAUACAUGUAUGUUAAUCGUUUCGCGUCUACACCAGCUACUCUGCCAGUCAGUCACAUGAUCCUGACCGAGGAAGAUAUUGCUCUAGUUAGUGCUUGUUUUAUAAUUUUAAACUAAGUGAGUACCUUACCAAGAAGAAGGCGUUGGUGGACCCGGACAUUUCUGGAAGAAGGUUCAUACUACAGUCAAAACCUUCUGUCGGAUCUAAGGUUUGAAGAUGGCACUGGUUUUCGAAAUUUCACAAGAAUGACACCAACUGACUUCGAGAUACUGUUGAACGUGGUAGAACCAAAUAUUACCAAGAAAUGUACCAAUUUCAGAGCCUAAAAAUCAUAUUAGUAGUUUUUUAUCUGAGCUGACAUACUUUGGAAUUUUUGUCGUUUUAUAAUAAACAAAUCUUAAACAUUA